GUGUGGUCAUGACUCAUUUCUUCAUUAUUUCUAGUAAAUGAAGUGUUUCUUUCUUUGUCGCUCUCUGUAAAAUGUUUGUACCCGACGGACAACAGACUUUAUGGUUUCCUGAGACUAACUUUGAAAAAAAACAGGAGCCGUGAUUGUCCCCGGGAAUGAUGCCUCUCCUCUGGGUUUUGCUUUGGCCACUGUUCCUGCCUGUGGCUGACUUCAGCUCACCAGAUCAUUGUACAGUCCAUGACAGCAUUUCACAGAAUGAGUCUUCAUUGCUGCAGUCUUUACAGUGCUACAACGACUACGAGUCCUUUGUCCACUGCACGUGGAGCGAACACAGAAGCACAAAGCUGCAGCUCUGGUUCGAACCAACAUACGGAAAGACCAGGGAGCAGUGUGUGCGUGACGAUGCUGCAGCACAAGAUGCAACUGAGAACAGGACCGUGCACUGCAGAUAUAAUACUGACCUGUUCGCCAUCGGCAUCAAACACACCGUCUUCUUCCUCAAGAACGAGACAGAGAGCAUCUGCUCUGUCCGGCACGAGCCUCUGGAUCUUUCUCAGCACUUGAGAGCUCGCCAUCCGGUCAAUCUGUCCACGCACGAUGCAGGUGAUGGAGGCCAACUGCUCAGCUGGUCCAGCCCUUAUCCCUCCUCCUCCUCCCUGAACGAAAACAUCACGUAUCAGCUCAGCUACAGGACAGACAGACAGGACAGCUGGACGAUGGAGGACGUCACAAACACCAGUGUGAAACUAGAGAAGCAAUUGUUGGUUCCGGGUCGCACGUAUGAAGCCCAGGUGAGGGCCCGGGUCAGUGUUGGUCAGUGGAGCCACUGGAGUCCUGCGGUGACCUGGCAGACUAAAGAAGAUGUUGGGCAGUUUCCCAGUUUGCAUUGUGUGCUGGAUGGAGAAAACGAGGUGAUGUGUAGCUGGAAGGUGAGCAGAGAGCUGGCUCACUUUAUUACCUACCAGCUGGCCUGUCAACACAACCAGACUGCACCGUCUAAGAGAUGCUGCGAGAACCCGACAGUCACCCCUGACCUCAGCGGGACGAUGCUGAAGUACAGCUGCUCGCUGACUGUCGCAGACUCUGCACAUCUGCUGCUGGAUCUUGUACCAACGCGCAGAGCCAAGAUUAUUAAACCGCACCAACACAUUCGUCCCAACCCGCCGCAGGAGGUAAAGGUGCGGCCAAAAAACAACAACUGGAUCGUGGAAUGGACCGAGCCGAACACAACCUCAAAACUCGUACUGUAUUAUGAGCUCUGCUAUAACAAGAUACAGGAUCAUCAGGAAUGUACUAUCCUCCCUGUUCCAAAGGGGUCCAUGUCCCAAACCAUCCUGGAAACAUUUCUGGAUCCAUCGCAGGAAUACCAGGUCAAGGUCAGGUCACUGGUCGCCCCUGGAACACUUUACAAGGGAGUUCCCUCUGAAUGGACUGAACCUGUGAGGUGGACCUCACAUGAGGCCACCUGGUCCCCGUCCACCCUCAUCUAUUUGUCCAUCAGCGUGCUCGUGGCCGCAAUCUUCUUCACACUCUACUGCACCAUUCCAGCUUGUCAAAGGAGGGUCGUUCUGUGGGUGGACUCGGUUCCUUCUCCAGGCAAAAGCAAAAUCCUGUCUGAGUUCAAGUCUGCCACCAACUGGACCCUCAUGCAGAGCGAGAGCACAGCCAUGUGCAAAGUGCAGCACAUGGACAGCAUAUCGACAUGCUCUUCAGACGCUUCGCUCUGGUUAACCAAGGACAGUGAAACAAAGUGUUUGGAGAAGGACGAUGGCUGCUGGAAGUGUGGUAACCUGCCUUCCCCCACUGAGGAGGUCCACACCACUGAGACAUCCUCCAUGAGCUUCAGCGGGCCGUACAUCUUCUGUCAGUUAUCGGAGCCAAACUGCACGUCAGUGGAUGUGAAGUGUGAGGAGGAAAAGAAGGAAACCCCAUCAGAUGAGUCUGCAUCAUCUUCCCCUGCGACUUUCACCAUUUACGGGCAAGGUUACGUCUGCCUGCCCAGCCGCAGCGCCUCCAAGUCCACACAGGAUCUUACUCACUGCGAUGCCGACACAGACUCACACAGGCAGGACAGCGCUGAGCAGGACCAACAGCAUCCAGAUAAGUCGGACGUCCAGCAAGGACUGGACUGGACAACCAGUGGGCCUACCAGCAUCCACCAACCUCCAGCCUACGUCACAGGACCUUUCACCUCCUGGCCUCAGGGAGGCACCAUACAGCCCUCUGGGUACUGCCACAUCCCCACAUCCACACAUCCGACAUGAGAGCAUAUCAAGGAUUUGUGCUUCCAAGUGAAAAACUGCAAAUGUGUGUUUUUACACAUGAGAAAAGACUCAUUAAGAACCACUUUGCCUGGCCUCCUCUUACCUAACGUUAGGUUGGGUUGCUGACCAAUGGAGGGCAGUAGUGAGCUGAGCCUGUGAGCGCAGUGCAAGCAAAUGUAAAGGAUGGAAAACAUAAUCUAUGUAUAAAUAUGAACAUCAUUUACUUCCUUUUAUAUUUUCCCAGGCGUUUCACAAACCACAGAUUCUUAAGAAAUGUAAUUAUUAUUCCUUCCUUAAACUCAGUGUCCCUUUCACAGCUGAGAAGCAGAACUAUGUGAACUGUAUUUCAAUGGGGAAAAAAAAAUCUGCCAUGUUCACUGCGAUCACGUAUGCAUGUUUGCACCAAGGUGUGUGAGUUAGGACCUUGUUGUCAAUGUUGUAGCCAGUGUGUUGCUGAAUGUACGUACAGUAUGUUAUCUAUUAUAUGUGCAAAUCUUUAAAUAUAUAUAUAAUAUAUCUGAAUAUGUGUUAAAGCUACCUUUAAUAUUAUUUACUAUAUAUUAAUAUGAGCCAUUUUCUUCAGGUUUUUUUUACAGUAUACCUUUAUUUAACUGGUCAUGAACGAGUGAAAUCAUUCAAGUCUGAAAUGUUUGCUUUUGUACUUUUGCACUGUGAUAAUAAACUAUAUUUUGUCUAUGCUU